AUGACUUUUAUAUUCCCGAGCUUCAACCUCAAGGCACCUCAUGAGGGCGCCAUCGCAAUCUACAGCCGACCGAAUCCCCACGGCCGCACUGACGGCUACUUCUGCACCAAGUGUGGGGCGAGGCUGCUUCAUAGGCCUGUGUCGCAUGAUGGUACGCCGGCGAAUGUGGUCAGCGUCAAGUCCGGAUGUCUGGAUGGGGUGACGAAGGAAAUGUUGAGGGGUGCAGUGCAUAUUUGGACGAAGAGCGCGGUGGUGGAUGUGCCGGAAGGGGCGGAGCAGUAUGAAGAGGAGCCGCCCCGGGGAAGUUUUCAGGAAUCUGAACCGCGGAUGGAGCCAUAG